GUGAUCUACGCAUCAACACAGUAGCAUAAUGAGUGCCAUACGCUCCUCUCUGAGCAAAACAAAAAGAACUGCUCGCAUCGUGAUCAUUGGUGCCGGCACAGCGGGCAUUGCUGCAGCCACACGGCUACUGGAGCAGGGUUUUAGGAACAUAUUACUGCUGGAAGCAGAGAAUCGAAUUGGUGGUCGGAUUAAUACGAUUCCCUUUGCGGACAAUGUGGUGGAUCUGGGCGCCCAGUGGUGCCACGGCGAAGUGGGCAAUGUGGUCUAUGAGCGGGUCAAAGAGUUGAACUUGUUGGAGACCACUGAGGAUCACUAUGAAACCUUCAGGUGUGUGCGCUCCAACAAGCAGCUGCUGCCCGAUGAUAUUGCGAACAAUCUGAAAAAUAUUGCAUUUAACUCGAUUCCGGAACGACAAACGGAACUUGUCGAUUUCAAAGGCUCCCUGGGUGACUAUAUAACGCAGAAAUACUGGCAAGAGGUAGCCAAGCUGCCGCCAAUCAAUCGCGCCAUAGCCGAAGAGUUUCUCGAGAACUUUCACAAGUUCGAGAGCUCAGUGGAGGCUGCAGAUCAUUUGUAUGAAGUCUCUGGCCGUGGACAUUUGGAAUACUGGCUCUGCGAGGGUGAGCUGCUGCUCAACUGGCGCGACAAGGGCUACAAGAGCUUCCUACGUCUGCUCAUGAAUGCCAGGGAAGAGGAGGCCGAUGAUCUGGGUAUGCUGAAAGGACGAGUCUUACUUAACAAGCGCAUAUCGCAGAUAAACUGGGAAGGAGCUGGUGAUCUAGUCAUACGUUGCUGGAAUGGAGAAGUGAUUACAGCGGAUCAUGUCAUCUGCACAGUAUCCUUGGGUGUAUUGAAGGAGCAGCAUGCGAGCAUGUUUGUGCCAGCUUUGCCGGAGGCCAAGGUGCGAGCGAUCAACGGACUCAAGCUGGGCACGGUUGACAAGUUCUUCUUGGAGUACCCUGUGCCACCUCUGCCGAAAGACUGGCCAGGCUUCUGCUGCCUCUGGCUGGAGGAGGACUUGCAGGAGUUGCGCGCCAGUGAACGCUUCUGGCUGGAGAGCGUAUUCGGAUUCUAUCCCGUGUCAUAUCAGCCCCGUAUAUUGCAGGGAUGGAUUAUUGGCGAACAUGCCCGCCACAUGGAGACGCUCACUGAGGAGGAAGUACUCGAGGGCUUGCUGUGGCUCUUCCGCAAGUUCCUGCCCUUCGAAGUGCCACAGCCACAGCGCUGGCUGCGCACUCAAUGGCAUGCGAAUCCCAACUUCCGAGGCAGCUACACCUUUCGCACCACCUACGCCGAUGAGCUGCGCACUGGCGCCUGGGAUCUGGAGGCGCCACUGCUCGACGUGGGCGGCAGGCCAAGGCUACAGUUCGCGGGCGAAGCUUCACACAAACACUACUACUCAACGGUUCACGGCGCAGCAGAGACGGGCUGGCGGGAGGCGGAACGCCUGAACAGCUACUAUCGCUCCAGAACAGCCCAGUUAUGAGGGCCAGAUAAGCGGCUACGAGCACAAGCCCAUAAAAGUGUUCAGCAAUUUCUGUUAUUCUAUAUAUGUAUAUAUAAUGGCUAUUUGAAGUCGAGUAUUAGCGUUGAUAAUGAAAAUUAAAUGAA